AUGUUCCUGCUACCUCAGAAAAGAGUGUACGUGGAGAAGACCAUGGCUGAGCUGAACAAAGUUGGCUCGCGCUCCACCUCCUCGCUGCCCCCGGAGCACAUGGAAAUCAUCCGCACUAAGACCUGCUUCCGGCGGGUGCGUCUCAACGUGGGGGGCCUGCCACACGAGGUGCUCUGGAGGACCCUGGACCGCCUGCCUCGAACCCGUCUGGGCAAACUGCGGGACUGCAACACCCACGAGACUUUGAUGGAAGUGUGCGACGAUUACAACCUGGAAGAGAACGAGUACUUCUUUGACCGCCAUCCCGGAGCGUUCACGUCCAUCCUCAACUUCUACCGCACGGGAAAACUGCACAUGAUGGAGGAGAUGUGCGCCCUGUCCUUCAGUCAGGAGCUGGACUACUGGGGCAUCGAUGAGAUCUACCUGGAGUCCUGCUGCCAGGCGAGGUACCACCAGAAGAAGGAGCAGAUGAAUGAGGAGCUGAAGAGGGAAGCAGACAACCUAAAGGACAGAGAGGGGGAGGAGUUCGACAACACGUGCUGCGCGGAGAAACGCAAGAAACUGUGGGAUCUGCUGGAGAAGCCCAGCUCAUCCGUGGCAGCAAAGUGGAGCCAGUGGUCGGGCUGUACAGAGUCGUGCCGAGCCGCUGUGCGCAGGAGGAGCCGCCGCGUCCUGAGGGAACGACAGAACGGAGGAGUGUCCUGCCCUCUGUUGGAAGAGCAGGCCGGGUGUGCACAGUACUGGACUCCACACGGACACUGCCAUCAUUCACUGGUUCCGGCUCUCAUCACCAGCAGUGGCUAUGGCAACGACAGGAAGAAACGAGAUAUUCCUGACAGUGAAGUGACAGGAUACUGUGUGCGGUUCCAGCUGAGCUCCCUGACAGCGGAGUGUGCUCAGAGCAGAGGGGCGCACACUCACUGGAUGCAGCACCUGAGGGAGGGGCACCAGGUCUGUGUGGAAUGUCAGCCCCCUGCACUGGCUCAGGGACAGAGACACUGUGCAGGGGACGGGGACCACCUCCACACCAACGCCACCAGUCCAUCUCUCCAGUGGCAGGCGGUGGGGAACCCGCGCUGCAGAGGCGUGUGGAGGCGAGUGGAGCGGCUCAACACAUGCUCCUGUCCGACGGCCCACAGCUUCCUCUUCAUCUGA